AUGUCGCGAACAAUGUCAGGUUACGAUCCAGACCUCGACCUCCCUCGCAUUCUCUGCCUCCAUGGCGGGGGCACGAACGCCCGAAUAUUCCGGUCGCAGUGUCGUGUGCUGUCGACGCAUCUCAAAGGAAGAUUCAGACUAGUCUUUGCCGAAGCACCUUUGUCGUGCAACGCUGGCCCCGAUGUACUCUCCGUAUACAAAGAAUGGGGCCCAUUCAAGUCAUGGAUUCCAUCAGCCCUCGGUUGCCCGGAGGUUGAUAACCACACUGCUAUUGAGCUCUUCAAAGAAUCACUAGACAGGGCGAUGGAUGAAGACGACGAUCUAGGAGCAACAGGCCCCUGGGUUGGGUUGUUGGGGUUCAGUCAAGGAGCCAAGAUGUGUGCUAGUCUGCUGUUUCUGCAGCAGUUACGACAGAUGCAUGGAGAGAGAACGAAUGAACGAUUGGAUUUUCGAUUCGGCGUUUUGCUGGCGGGUCGCGCACCGCUCGUGGCACUCGAUAUGAACCUUGCUUCGACAUAUGGAACGGAGGACGACGAGAGCAAGAAUUCUGCCGGAAUCGUUGAUCCCAAUGGCGAUCCGAUACACAGUAAUCAUUCCUGGCUGCGACGCAUCCGUUACGGUAGCCAAUCUAGGUCUCGCCUUCAUAUUCCCACGGUGCAUGUUCAUGGACUACGAGACGCAGGUCUCCCUCUACAUCGAAAGCUCUUCGAAGAAUGCUGUGAGGAGGGGAGCACGAGAUUGAUGGAGUGGGAAGGGGACCAUCGAGUUCCAAUCAAGACUAAAGAUGUGACGGUGCUUGUUCAGCAUAUACUCGCUAUGGCUAUAGAGUCUGAUGCUGUAAGACAUAGAGCGAUAGUUUUCUAG